CACACCAUUGAAUACGUGACGCAUAAUAAACAACAGACGUUUGUAAACAAUACAGAAAUACUUCAGUAUUUCGCAGGACUUUGAUAUAGCAGUAUGACACCCCACCGCCCAAGUGUAUAAAUUUGGAUAUUUGCCAACAGCAUAUAUAUAGGCCAGCUUUUUAAAUAAGUUAAAGUAGGAAUGUCGGUGCUGCGGGCAUCAUGGACAUGUCCUAGAGUCUUGGAGAACACAAAGGGAGGUCCUUUGAGUUUUAAAAGCCUUCAUCAGAAUGUUGAAACAAGUCAAGCAUCUGUACAUAAGACUGUAGCCAAUCCCGAAACUGUAAAGAAAUUCCAUUUUGGACAGCCUCGGAAUAAGAGAGCAGACAUCUUAAAUCGAAUUGGAAUUCCUAGCAGACUUGCAGACAGAAUAAAAGAUGCUUAUGGCGAUGUAUCUGACAAAUUAUCAAAGACUCCAUAUAUUGUGAAAGAUUACAUUCAAGGAGCACCUUCCUUAUCGAUUAAGGGAAGGUUUAGUAAGAAAACCCCCACACAGACACCAGAAGGUGGUGCUCCAUUGAAAGAAGAUGCCCCGAGUGUUGUCUCCAAAGACUUUUCGGCACAAAUGGCAGAAAUUUCUGUGUUGUCAUUUUAUGACCCAACAGCAGAGACAGACGGAAAGUACAAACCAAUACAGUUGACAGAGAAAGAAUUAGAACAGACUCUCAGUGAAAAUGCCCCAGCCGAGAAAAGUCAGGCAGAGGACAGAGGGCUAAGACAUUUGCUGGACAGGUUUUGGGCUACCAGUGUAAAAGACUCAACUACACCAGUGGAGGUGAAGAAAAAAAUGAUCGUCAGAAAAGACUAUGUGUCACGGUCUACGAUAUCGAAGAAAACAUUAGAACAUGUGAAGUUAAUAAGUCGUGCAGAGUCUUCUGAUUCCAAGCUCAAACGUCUAGAGGAUUUCUGCCAUCAUCUCACAUUAUACCCCGAUGAAAGGCAAACUGCUAUGAAGCAUGGUGUGUUGCCAGUUUUACUUCGAAUGCAGUUAGCCACUUCGAAUGAGUUAACCCUGAGUGAGAUUUCCCAGGCUCUUACAUUGAUGGGUUAUGUCUACCCUCCCAGGGGUCAAGGGGUCAACAUACUCACCAUUGAUGGAGGUGGAACAAAAGGUUUGGUGGCCUUGCAAACUCUCAGGGAAAUAGAACGACACUGUGGCAAACCCAUUUACAAACUAUUUGACUAUGUUUGUGGGGUCAGCACGGGGUCACUCAUCCUGGCCAUUCUGUUCCUGUUCCGUCGCAGUAUUACAGAGUGUGAGGAACUGUACCUGGAGUGCAGCAGGCAGAUGUUUACCCAGAACAAGACACGGGGCUACAGUCAGCUGGUCCUGGACCACUCCUUCUAUGAUGUUGAACUCUGGGAACGAAUUCUGAAGGAGAAGAUGGGAGAGAAGUUUCUGUCAGAUUUUUCAGAGGAUUCACUUUGUCCAAAGUAUUCUGCCUUGUCCACUCUUUCCAACAUCAGUCGACUACAGAGCUACAUGUUUCGUACCUACAACCUGCCCCCAGGUGUCUAUUCCAUGUACCCAGGAAGUUGUAAGCACAAGGUCUGGGAGUGUAUCCGGGCGUCGUCUGCAGCUCCAGGAUUCUAUAAACCCUUUGUUCUUGAUGAGUACAUUCAUCAGGAUGGAGGCAUUGUACACAACAAUCCAACUGCUGUGGCCAUUCACGAGUGUAAACUUCUGUGGCCUGACGAACCUAUACAGUGUGUUAUCUCCCUUGGUAAUGGCCGCUAUGAACCCAACAUUGAGCUUAUGUCUAGUCUUCCUUCAGCAAGGAAACAGAUUGAUAACAUAAUAGACAGUGCAACAAAUACUGAAAGUGUACACAUGACUCUGCAGGAUCUUCUUCCCCCUGCCACCUACUACAGAUUUAAUCCCUACAUGUCUGACAAUCUUAUGCUAAAUGAAAUCAAACCGGAAAAAAUCAAACAAAUGCAAAAAGAUGCCAGAAUGUAUCUCCGUAAAAAUGAGCACAAGGCUGUUACUGCCUGUAAUCAACUGAUGAUGCCAAGGAAACAAACCCAGAAACUGGCUGACUGGAGCAAAAGGCAGAAACUAAUGAGGUCACACAAAAAGCCUCUGAUUGGUUGAAUCAUUUGAUCAAGUGAUUGAGGAGAAGGAAAAUGAAAGGACUGGAGGGAUUUGUUUUUCCUUUGAUCAUGUGACAACUUCUUUGUCUGAUUGUUCAGUCACUGAAGUAAUUUUUAGGUUGUCCUGACAACAGUUAAUCAAGAUUACAAGUUCUCUCAAUCAGUUUGAUUUUCCAUAUUCUACUUUGUAGUGUACUAAGUGUACAUUGUACUUGGAUAUGGGAGAGCAAAAUAUGAUCUUAUUAAAUUCAACUGUUCUGCAGUGAAUAUGCAGCUUUUUAUCUGUUGACUGCAAAUAUGGUAAACAUUAUGAUCUACUUUUCAGCAUUAUGCAUGGUUUAUUUUUGUACUACACCAGAAUUAGACAUGAGGUAUCUGUUGUUGUUUUUUUUUUUUUUUUUUUUGUUUUUUUAAUAAUCAGGGACUCCAUUAAGGAUAACAUUUCACCUCCUUUUACGAAAAUAUAUAUGUCAACAUGCUUACCAAGUUAUUUUAGCUCAGUAUGCUAGUAUACAUCUUGCUUGUUACAUUUUGUGAAGGGAGGGGGGUACAAAUUUCAAACUUGCAGUCAAAUUUUCUGCAUAAAGUGAUAGUGAAAUAGGAUUGACACCUUUUUAAAUAGGUUAUAUGCCUCACACUGCACAGUCCAUUGUUUUGCACUAGUCGUUAAUUGAACAGAGUUUCUCUUCAGGUGUGUUGUGCCAAAUUUCCAAAUAUUUUUUAACCUCGCAUCAUUAAAAGUACUUUAAUUGUCAGAGUCGGACUUCCUCUUCUGAUAUUGUCCCUGGGCAGUGAUUUGGAAUAAAACAUUGGUUUUAGAUAUUAGCCCUUCUGUUUCUUGAACUUCCUAUCAGUGAUGCUGUACACUGAAUGCUAGGAUACGUGAAAUCCACGAUACUUGUUCUGCUCCGUGUUAUGGAUGUUUUCUUUCUACGCCGUGCAGUUUUCUUUGUUGUGUAUAUGUAAUGUGUAAAUGUGAUGUUUCCUCCUCAUCUUCAGUAAGAGUCAUUCAUGUCUAUUACAUUUAUUGUAUUUGUUAUUUUUGUUACCAGGUAACAAUGAGAUAAUAAAUUUACAUCAUGUAA